GGAAGAGGAGAAGAGGGAGGGAUAAGACAAGACAGGAGAGAGGAAGGAGACACAUAGCAGAGAGAAAGAGGAGAGAGAAGAAGAAGGACUGAAAUUAAAAACACUGGAAGACAAGUGCGGCCAAGACAGGACGAAAUCUGAAGAGGAGAGGAUGCUGCUGUAGCUGAGCGUCUCUGCCUGACUUCUGAGGAGUUUGGGCUCAGACAUGACAGAGAUGCAGCAUCCAAGUGUCUGAGCCUGAGCAUCUCCAGUUUGUGUGUGUGAGAGUGUGUUAAUGUAUGUGAAGUCAUGGCGAGUGCUCAGCCGGGGGUCCAUGCAUUGAAACUCCAGCCUCCCUCCGUCUCUCACACACUGAGGAACGGAAGCAACUUCAUUAAAUGGGACGAGGAUCUGUCUACCGUGACUCCAGUGACUCUACAUGUGGAUCCACAUGGAUUUUACCUCUACUGGACUGACCAAAACAAGGAGACAGAGUUGUUGGACCUGACCCUCGUAAAAGAUGUCAGAACGGGGAGAAGCACCAAAACACCCAAGGAGGCCAAGCUGCGGGAGCUGCUAGAUGUGGGAAACCUUGUUGGCCGGCUUGAGAACCGCAUGGUUACCGUGGUUACGGCUUCAGACCUUGUAAACGUCAACCAGCUCAACUUCAUCGCUUCACAGGAGGACGAAGCUAAGGUGUGGUGUGAGGAACUGUUUUCUCUGUCUUCCAACCUGCUGAGCUACAAUCUCAACAGAGACCACAGUCUGUUGAAAGCGUACGUCAGGUUAACUCUCCAGCCGAACGCAGAGGGGAGAAUUCCUGUCAAGAACAUUGUUCGACUGUUUUCAUCAGACAGAAAGAGAGUAGAGAAUUCCCUGGAGAACUGCAGACUGCCCUACGGACGGGGUGACAGUAUCAAACUGGAGGACUUCACAUUUGAAGUUUACAGGAGCUUUUUGGACCAUCUGUGUCCUCGUCCUGAGCUUAGCAACAUCUUUAAACUGCAAGGAGGGGAUGAUGGGACGCUGUCAGUCGAUCAGAUGACAGAGUUCAUCAACAGCAAGCAGAGAGACCCGAGGCUGAAUGAAAUCCUCUACCCGCCUCUUCGUCCUGCACAGACAAACGCUCUGAUGGAGAGGUAUCAACAGGACCAGGCACAGCUGAAGCAAGGCAUCAUCUCUCUCCAGGCAUUCUCUAGUUAUCUGUCCAGUGAAGAGAACGGAGUCAUCCCACCAGAGAAACUGGAUCAGUCUGAAGACAUGAGCUUCCCUCUGUCUCACUAUAUCAUCAACUCAUCCCAUAAUACAUACCUGACAGCGGGCCAGCUGGCAGGGAGCUCCUCAGUCGAGAUGUACAGGCAGGUGCUUCUGGCUGGAUGCCGCUGUGUGGAAUUAGAUGUGUGGAAAGGACGAACUGCUGAGGAGGAACCUGUCAUCACACACGGGUUUACCAUGACAUCAGAAAUCCCUUUUAAGGAAGUGAUUGAAGCUAUUGCAGAGUGCGCCUUCAAGACCUCACCUUUCCCUGUCAUACUCUCCUUUGAGAACCACGUGGACUCUUUGAAGCAGCAGGCUAAAAUGGCUGAAUAUUGUCAAUCUAUUUUUGGAGAAGCGCUGUUGAUUGACCCUCUGGACAAAUACCCUCUGGAGCCAGGUGUCCCCCUGCCCAGUCCUCAGGAGCUGAUGGGCAAAAUUCUCAUCAAGAACAAGAAAUCUCACAAACCCUCCAAUAACACAGACACCAAAAGACUGACGGACCAACCUGCCAAUCAGAGCACCGAACCAUUGUCUCCUAGCAACAACACAGGAGAGAUCGAGGCUGAGAGUGAGGAAGAUGAUGAUGAUGAAGAUGAUGAUGGUAAAAAGGGCUCAGCAGAGCGGGAGGCAGUGGCUACAGAGGAAAUGUCAACUCUGGUAAACUAUGUCCAGCCAACCAAGUUCAACUCCUUCGAAGCCUCCAAGAAGGCAGCCCGCUGUUACCACAUGUCGUCUUUUGUGGAGACCAAGGCUUUGGAGCACCUCACAAAGUCACCAGUGGAGUUUGUAGAAUAUAAUAAAUCCCAGUUGAGUCGUAUCUAUCCAAAAGGAACCAGAGUCGACUCAUCCAACUUCAUGCCUCAACUCUUUUGGAACGCUGGCUGUCAACUGGUGGCUCUCAACUACCAAACUAUAGAUUUGUCCAUGCAGCUGAAUCUCUUCAUGUUCGAGUACAAUGGUCGGUGUGGCUACAGACUGAAGCCUGAGUUCAUGAGGCGGCCAGACAAACAUUUUGACCCCUUCACAGAAAACACAGUGGAUGGCAUCGUAGCCAACACGCUCUCUGUGAAGGUGAUUUCAGGGCAGUUUCUGACAGAACGGCGGGUGGGUGUGUAUGUGGAGGUGGACAUGUUUGGACUCCCUGCGGACACCAGAAGAAAGGCACUGAAGACCAAAACCUCUCAGAACAACAACGCCAUCAACCCAGUGUGGGACGAAGAGCCGAUUGUCUUCAAAAAGGUGAUUCUUCCUACUCUGGCCUCGCUGAGAAUCGCUGCUUUUGAGGAAGGAGGGAAGUUUAUUGGUCAUCGGAUUAUUCCAGUGACUGCCAUCAGACCAGGUUACCGUUACAUCGGUUUGAGGAAUGAGAAAAACCAGUGUCUUAUUCUACCAGCUGUGUUUGUCUACAUCGAGGUCAAAGAUUACGUCCCAGACACCUUUGCAGAUGUGAUAGAGGCUUUGUCCAACCCUAUUCGAUAUGUUAACCUCCUGGAGCAGAGGUCUAAACAGCUGGCGGCUCUGACACUGGAGGACGUAGAGGAGGACGCACAGACCGAGGAUGAGGCAGACACUUGUGCAGAGCGUAAGAACGAUCUGAAAUCAGCUCCACUGGAGAACGGACUCAGCCCUGCCUCUGGUCCUGCAGGCCACACCCCCAUCGCCACGACACCCAAAGCCUCCGCAGCCAAUCAGCAAGCAGCUACGACAGAUGCAGCCAAACCAGCUGCAAAGAGUGAAGAUCUGGUUUUAAGUGUUUUGAUAGAUGUCCCAGUGUGCACCAUAGAGAGUCUGCAGCAGUCAAAGGUUUACCAGAAGGAGCAGAGACGUCAGUUUAAAGAGCUGAAGGAGUUAGUAAGGAGGCACCAGAAGAAAACCUCAGAGCUCCUCCGAGAGUUCAACAACAAGUACAAGAAGAUGGCCAGACAGUGCAGCAAGAGCAGGGGUUCGUGUUCGGACAGUGAGAAAGACGACCGCCUCCAGCAGUUGAGAGACGAGCAGCAGCAGCAGCUACUGGCUCUGAGGCAGGAACAGUACUACAGUCAGAAAUAUCUACAGAGAGAACAUAUUAAAAUGCUGACAGAGCGACUGAGCAGUCUGGCUGAGGAGAGUCACAACUCCCAGAUGAAGAAACUCAAAGACAUCUGUGACAAGGAGAAAAAAGAGUUGAAGAGGCAGAUGGAUCGAAGGAGAACAGAGAAGAUCAACCAAGCGAAGACCAAAGAGAAGCAUCUGGCUGAAGAGGAGAAGAUCGAGAUCAAUAAGUCCUACGUCAAUGAAGUCGUCCAGAACAUAAAACGGCUUGAGGAGACUCAGGCGAAGCGCCAUGAUCAGCUGGUGGAACAGCACAGUGAGCUCCUGCAGGAGAUACAAGACCAGAAACCAAAGCUGCAAGGGGCCGUGGAGGCAGAUUUUCAGGAGAAGUUCCAGUGUUUGCCUGGAGAGAUUCAAGACUUCCUGCAGGACAGGAAGACGGAGGUUAGAGGUCACAGCAAGUCCCGACCAUCAACGCCACACGAGACUCUGUCAGAGGAGGACUGAAGAGAGAAAUGUGUAGACGAGUGAGGGAGUAUGAAGAAGAAGAAUCAAUGGAAGCAGGGUGGAGUGAAUCAACAAAGUACAACGGAUCAAAAUACAAGGAAGUAAGAAAGACAAAAGGGAAGCAUUGAUGAAAGGGUAGCGAGGUAGUAAAUAAAAGCAGAGGAGAUAUCAAGAUCAAGAUUAUAAAGACUGUUACUUUUCUUUUUAAUGGAAGAACGCUUUAAUUAUUUAUUUUUUAAUUCCAUUCAAGCAUGCACUUUGCUGUACUUCAGCGUUUAAUCAAAACCCAUUUAGUGCUGCAUUUAGUCUUAUUUUCUGUCACCUGUUAUUUUGACAGACAACUGAAACCCAACAGUUUGUACUGCAUGCCAGCCCUAUCUAUCUAUCUAUCUAUCUUCUAUCUUCUAUCUAUCUAUCUAUCUGACAGUUUGUGCUAUUUUUUUUCUGUUCAUACAUUUGAACAUCAGUGAACAUACAUCAGACUCAAGGCCUGUCUCUAUUUUAUAUGCACAUGGAGAAACGUUAUACAAUGUUACACAAUCGCUACGAAUCCAAACCACACAUUUUUUGAGCAGUGUUCGACAAAUUUUAAGCAGCUAUUUUAACUGUUUUAUUUUAUCGUGGUGGCCAUGACAACUUCUACCAUGAUCCGAAACUGCAAUGCUAAAACAUGAAGAAAGAUGACAGUAUCACUGCUGGCACCAUUUAUUUAUCAUUAUUAGCAAUGCUCUCUUUCUCACGCUCACGUAGUCCCACUCGGAAGUUUCCCAGCACAUCCACAGUCUGAUCUGCUGGCCUCUGAGUGGAGGUCAGUGUGGUAAUGAGGGAGGGCCGUUUGCUCCUCUUUCACUUUUCCCAUCCAGAUUUAUCCACCACAUCUUGCUAGUCUAAAAUUAAGAAAAUGAAGUAGAAUUAGAAAUAAUGUUGCAUACUUUAACAGUACCGAAUGAUGUGCACAGCCGCUCAAGAUAACACACACCAUGGCGUAAUGUGAAUACUGCAUACUUUUCAGGAUUUGUAAAAAUCAACACAGUGUUUUACAAUGAUUUUUACUGGUUUUAUGUUACAUCAAUGCAUCUAAUACAUGUAAUAUUUCAAGAGCAUAGUAUCGGGCAGUUUUUUGGGGGGGGGGUUGUACCUUAGGGUGAGUGUUCAUUUAGAAGCUGACAGUCAUCCAUAUAACAAGUAAGACCUUAACAGGGAUGAAGCUCAUAUUCAGAAUAUUAAUGAGUAUGUUGAGACACUUGUAAGAUUUAUGCUAUAGACGACUACUGGAUCAUUUAUUGAGUCCUCAGUAGUUUGAUUAUGCACAUAUUUAUUUAUUUAUUCAUGAGAUUUUGGGAGAAAACUAAAUCUCAAUGGCAAUUUCUCUUAUUAAAAUUAUAUAUCAUAGCAUGACUGUUAGCCUAAGACAUUUAUGGACCAAUGGACUUUUACUUCAGUAAUAUUUAAGGGAACUAGGAGGAUUUGCACAGAAACAUUAUGGGAUAAGAACACAAUUCUUGCAAAAUUCACCUGUUUUAGAUUUCUUUUAAAAAAAUGUAUUUUAGUUUUCUGACCAGUAGCAGCAACAUCCCAUCAGUUCCCUCCGCCUGCUGCACUAACGGUCUGACAGUUGGAUGUCCUGUUAGAUGUGGAAGAGCCUCAAAGUCUGCUGCCACUGCAUGAUUAAUAUGUUUUGAUGUGAAAGUUGUUUUAACAUAGUUAUCAUUCUCAUGAUCUAUUUAUUUAUUAAUAGUUAUUUUCAGGAUAAUUAAGGAUCAAGAACAUAAACGAUUUAUAAAACUGUUAAAACUGUUUCAGAGUGCAAAGUCGACCUUUUUUGUAAACAUUUAAAAUGAAUGGAGCUUGUCACUCUUUGUACAGUGAUCUUCCAGAAAAUAUCUGUUGGAAUAUUUUCCAUGUUUUGCUUUUCUUCUGGACGUAUACAACUAAGGCUUAAGCUGUGUUCAACAACCUUUUUGCAGGGAACCGUUUCUUCAAAUUUAAGCCACUGUUGAAUGAGAUUGAACAAUCUUGGCCACGGCCUGUACCUGACCUCAUAAAGGUAGCCUACUCUGCAAUUUUGAUGGCAAUAUUUUAGACUCAGCUGCUAACUCUUUGUGCUAACAUUAAAGUACCUCACUAUUCUGUCACCACUUUAGGUCAAAAUAAUCUGUUAAAAACAUGUUUAAGUCUGCAAAGUGGCUGAGGUUCUCCAACAAAAUGCCUUGUUGAACGCACCUCUGCUUUAGUGAUUAAACUGAGCAUGCUUUAUUGUCUUGGAUUUCCCCACCAGUUGAAUUGUUUCUUGGUUUUACUGAAUGUUAUUUUAAUUCAAAGACUAUUAAAAAUAUUUGAUCUAAAAA